UCGCCCCUCACGGGGCGGGUCGCACCCACGUGCGCCCAGCCUGCCGCGGCGCCUGCGCGGUAGCGACCCGGCGUCGGCGCCCUUAGGCCGCUUUUGGUGCCGAGAGACCCGCCGUGCGCGCGAGGCCCUUAGUGCUCUGCGUCCUGUGCACACGCCUUGCGAGCGACGGCGCCAUGGGGCUGACUUCCAAUUCCAGCAUGCGAGUUGAAUGGGUCGCAGCAGCUGCCAUCGCUGCAGGAACAGCCGUAAUUGGAUACCUAGCUUAUAAAAGAUUCUAUGUUAAAGAUCAUCGCAGUAAAUCUAUGAUAAACCUUCACAUCCAGAAAGACAACCCCAAAGUAGUCCAUGCUUUUGACAUGGAGGACUUGGGAGAUAAAGCAGUGUACUGCCGUUGUUGGAAGUCUAAGAAGUUCCCAUUCUGUGAUGGAUCUCACACAAAACACAAUGAAGAGACUGGAGACAACGUGGGACCUCUGAUCAUCAAGAAGAAAGAAACUUAGACACUUUGGGCACUACAAGUCAGCUCUUUGUGAUGUUACCUGAUUGUUUAAUCAGGGUGGCUACCACUUCUGUCUCAUUCACCCCGGGAUUCUAGCUGUGGUGUGUUGCAAACUUCAGCAUUCAUGUUUAUGGUGUUUGCCUUACUUGUUGAAACAUCGUGGUGCACAUUUGUUUAAACAGAAAAAAAAA